AUGGCUGAUAAACACGAAUCUCCAGCUUCUACACCCCCAACGACCCAUGUCGAGGGUGUGCAACCACAUCACUACCGUCCCAGUACGGUCGACGGCCAACCCGCGUAUGCCGAGCAUGGUGCUCUAGUCGACCAUAAAGGUCCGCAGGAAGAACUUGUUCAGUCAGAGCCUGAUCUCUUGUGGAGCAGAAUCCGCCAUUACAUGAGAGAGCCUUUCUCCGAAUUCUUUGGUGUCUUCAUACUCAUUCUCUUUGGCGAUGGGGUAGUGGCUCAGGUCGUCCUAUCUGGCGGGAAGAAAGGUGACUAUCAGUCUAUCUCUUGGGGCUGGGGAUUGGGUGUCAUGCUCGGCGUUUAUUCCAGUGGUAUAUCCGGUGCCCAUAUCAACCCAGCUGUUACCUUUGCAAAUUGCGUCUUUCGAAAGUUUCCAUGGCGCAAGUUCUUCCCUUAUAUGAUCGCUCAAAUACUGGGAGCAAUGUGCGCUUCGGCCAUCGUCUACGCGAAUUACAAAUCGGCAAUUGAUGUCUUCGAAGGUGGUGCUGAUAUUAGGACAGUCCCUGGAUAUUCAGAGACAGCUACCGCCGGUAUCUUCUGCACUUAUCCUGCUCCAUUCAUGACCAAAACGGGCCAGUUCUUCUCUGAAUUUAUCGCCAGCACGAUCCUCAUGUUCUUGAUUUAUGCUCUCAAGGAUGAUGGUAACAUUGGAGCCGGGCCGUUGAUCCCUCUUUGCUUGUUCUUCGUUAUCUUCGGCAUUGGUGCGUGUUUCGGUUGGGAAACCGGUUAUGCCAUUAAUCUUGCCCGUGACUUCGGCCCAAGAUUGGUGUCGUACAUGAUCGGUUAUGGCACCAAUGUAUGGAAAGCAGGAGACUAUUAUUUCUGGGUUCCCAUGGUUGCCCCAUUCUUUGGAUGCACCUUCGGAGGCUUUCUCUAUGAUACAUUCCUCUUUACAGGAGAAUCUCCAAUCAAUACUCCAGGCAUGGGUCUAAUGAGGUUCACACAAUUGAACAAGAAAACGUGGUCGAACACCUAUCAAUCCGCGGCUUGA